AUGUCAAGUCUCAAAUUUGAAGAUAAACGAGUCCAGUUUAUCGCAAGCUAUGUCCUCAGUUCACUUAAAGCCAAAGAAGAUAAAUGGAUAAAACUCUGGGAUAAUGAGACACUGAAAAACACAGUCAAUGAAUUCAUAGAAAAACCUGAACCAAGGAAGAUUUUCUUUAGUCUAAGUCAGGCCGGCAUUUUGCUGGUGCUGUUUCCCUUUCUUUCAAAUCCUGUGAAUCAUUCAACCUGGCCUACCGUUGUAUCACACGACGUUAUGAAAUACGCUCAUUCGCUCAAGCGUCAUACCGAGGUUUUAAUUGGACAUGUAAACGGAAAAACAGUUCUUCCCAUACCAAAUGAAAACGAUGAAUAUUUCUUUUCUCGGACAAAAAAUAAAUCAGAACGUUCUUGUCUCUAUGCUAUUGAAACAUUGAUUAUCGAGUGGUCACAUCAGGUCUACAAGCUCUUGUUGGAAGACAAGUCCAAGGCUUCUGCUGACACCGAGGCUUUACCAGUGACUGAAGUUGAAUACUGGAACCUUCGAGCCUCUGAUCUAGACGGAAUAAACCUACAAAUUUCGUCCAAAAAUGUUCAGAAAAUGAUACAAUUACUUGAAACUCAUAAUAGUUGUUACCUCACACCAUUCAAGGACAUGUAUAAGGCGAUUGUAUAUGCUCUAAUGGAAGCCAAUAACAUGACACUGUUUCUGAAGCCACUUAGACCAGUCCUCGAAGAUAUGGAAGGCACCGAAUUCGAAAAACUGUCUGUACAGUUUGGCAGAUUGUUUCAUCUUAUUUGUCUUUCCUGGGUUAAUUCAGAGUACUUUCGUAUCCCAGGGCGUCUGGUCACAUUUCUUCGGAAAGUAUCAAAUUUGGUAAUUAUUCAGCUGCGGAACUACCUUGACCCAACCGAAGUCUUGAAGGGUGAACUGGAAGACGUUCACACUCGCAUUACAAUGGGCAUAAAAAUGCUCUCUUCGUUUAAAAAAUACUUCGAAUUAUAUCGCAAAAAAUUACCAGAAUAUUUUUCCAAAUUGGAGAACCCCCAAGAGCCAAUACACUGGGAAUUCUCUGAAACGCUUGUCUUUGGAAAAGUUGACAAGUACCGGAAGCGUCUUGACUCCAUUAAGCUUCUGCUUGAAAACGCAAUGGAAUUUGAAAAACUGGAUCGUGUUGUUAUUGGAGGCAUUCUGGGCGAGACACUAUCCACCGAGGUUCAGGAAAUAUUUGAAGAAUUCGGAGUGGUUUUUAAGGUAUUUUCCCAACGCAACUACGAUUGCCUAGAUCCAGAUUCAGAGGAGUUUCUGAACGACUACCAUAGCAUUUCAGUACGCAUGGACGAGUACGAUCAACGCCUUGGUAGCAUAUUUUGUCGUGCUUUGGCCGAAUGCCCCACCCCUUGGCAUGCAUACAAGCUCCUCACCAUCCUGAGCUCGCUGGCCAAUAGGAAGCAGAUUAAGGAACAACUGGAACCGUGCUACACAAAGAUUUUGCAAGACCUUAAUACCGAAGUGUCUGCUGUUCGGAAGAUUGUAACGGCUCAUGAAGAGCUAGCCGCAAAAUGGAAAAAGGCCUCUGAUGUUAACACUGGUAACUGCUCCGCCCUCGGUUUGCACUUUUCUUCAUUUUCCUGUUUGUUUUCCAUUCCUCCAUCAGAGGACACCCGCGUUACAGACAACUGGCUUCCGUAA